GAAUCCCCCAUAAAUACCCAAAUCCCCCCAAAUUCCCCACUGCUUCUUCUUCUCCUCCUCUGUGACUACGACCCCUCAAGAUCUCACCUUUUCGAUUCCGAAUCCCGCAUUUCUCUUUAUCUCGGCAAUGAGUUCCUCGCAAACCCUCAGAUCCAGGACACCCAGAAGCCGGGAGAAGAAAGCCCUAAACCCAAAUCCCCCAGAAGUCUCAGGCAACGAGGCACUGAGCACCCAGACCCCUCAGAAGCCCGAAACACUCACCCGCCGUUCUCGAAACGCCAACUUUGCGCUCUCCAUAGGAGACAUCAAAAGGGCGGCAGCCAAAAGCGUCGGCGAGUCGACCCAGAAGCAACGGACGGACCAGAUCGAUCCUUGGGGGGAGGAAACCCCGAAGAAGACUCGUGUCAGCCGCCAGGAGAAGCUACCCGAAAAAUUUGAGAUCUUGGGUGAGUUUUUCAAUGGCUUGGACACUUCGAUUCGGUUGUUGCGGUUGAGGGGAUUAAAGCCCAGUUUCAGCAACAUUUGUCCCCAAAUCGAGUGUUUAACGGAUAGGAGGUUUACACACGGUCACUUGGCUCAGCUGAAGUUUGUUUUACCUGAGGCGAUUGAGAUAAAGAAAGUGCUUAUUAAGGAUGAGAGGACCAGUUGUCUGAAGCCGGAUCUUCAUGUCACCAUCAAUGCUGAUGCAUUGGAGAGCGAUGGCAAGUCGAAACCUGAAGGUGGUGGGAGUAUGCAUUUGAGGAAGGCAUUUCGUAAACGGCUUGCUGAUCUUUCAAAAUCCCAUCCUGAGGAUUAUAAUAUUCCAGAAGAAAUUCUCCCCCAGCCAUUUGGUCGUGCGAAGCAAGAUAUGCUAUCAGACACGGUCAAUCUUCCCUUGUCAUCAUCUCUUGGUGAAGUAUUGACUGAUGCAAAAAGCUGCCUUCAGGGUGAUGAGAUUUCAGAGCCAAAGCUCGAUACUGCUUGUGCUUCAUCGUGUGGCCAAGUGCCUGUAACUCCAACUAAAGCCAUGGACGCCAUUGAAAAUCAUGAUGAUUUGCUCACAAAAAGUGCUAGCAUUCAAUCGACUCCAGCAAAGCUUGCUUCAACUCCAGCCAGGUUGAGGGCUGAAACGCCUGCAUUGCAGCCUCCAAAGCGAUGUUAUAUGAGCCCAGAUCAUAAUUCUACUAGCUCACCGAACAAGUUGGCUACGCGUCCUCCACGCACCAGGUCUUUGAAAUUUGACACGCCUGUGAAGAAUAAAAAUGUUGAGGAUGAAUCUCCUGAUAGGAGUGAUGGAUCAAAUGAUAAUGACAUUCACGAAAUUCUUCCAGCCGAUCUUUUGCAAUCGCUUGGAGAGAAGGAGAAAAAGGCAAUAGAGGAGCGAGAUCCGGCCAUCUCCCAAGCAAAGAGGCGGCAACAGAUGAUUUCCAGCCUACCUAAGCUCUUCAACUCGAUUCAUUUUCUACUACAGUCUAUGAAUCGUUCUGUUAUCACAAAAGAGGAGCUUGUGCACAAGAUCAUUUGGACCAAUUUCGAUAUUGUUGACAGAAAGGAAGUUCAAGAGCAGCUAAACUUGUUGCUAGAGCUGGUUCCCGAUUGGAUUUCUGAAAAGAAGAUAGCAUCCGAAGCUGAUUUGCUAAUGAUCCACAUUAAUAAGAUGUCGAGCCCUGAGUCAGUACGUGCACGGCUUGAAGUGGCAAAGUGAGCCAAGAGCUAGGGUAUGCUAGGUUGUUUUGAUAAUUUAGUUGUUCAUGUAAAGGGCAUCUGAGUAGCCUAAGCAUGUAAUUAGAGUCAAGGGUUCUUCCGGUAAAGUUAUUCAACGUGAUUGUAUGAAGAUUUAUUACUAUGAUUGCCUUUUCUGCUUA